CCUGCGCCUCCUCGUCGUAGGAGUGGUCGUACAUCGGCUGCCGCCGCCGCCGCUGCCAUAGCCAUGGCGGCAGCAGCGGCGGCGGCGGCUUCCGACAGCGUGGCGGCGGCCACCACAGGCACGGGCACCGCGGAUGCGGAUGCCGCCCCGGGUGCCGCUGCCACCGCCAGCGGCCCUGCCGGGGCCACCGCGGCUGACGUUGAGGGCCAGGAGCGGGCAGGAGCGCCCGGGGGAGCCACAGAGGAGGAAGCCACCGCUGCACCAGCAACGCAGACGCGGCAAGCAGGCCGAGGACGGGGACGGGGGCGCAAAAAGGCGGUAUCUCCUAGACCAGCCGCCGCUGCCGCCGCGGGAGCAGCAGCAGGUAGCGGCAGCGUCUCAGCAUCCAGGGAUCCGUCGCCAGAGGGCGGCGGGCGGCCACGGCGGCACUCCACGCCGGCGGUGCUGCUGCAACAGCUCCUGAUACAGGGCGCGGCGGUGAGGCGUCCCCAGGGCCGGCGGCGGCGCCGGCUGGGACUAGCAUCGCCACUGGCAGACCUCGACGUGCGGCGGCGGCGCGCAAGCCCGUUGUUGUGGAGGUCCCGGGAUCCGACUCCGAAUCAGAGCAGGAAAGCGGGGGAACUGCAAGCGGCGACGGCGGCGAUGCUAACGGUGACGCCGCCUCAGACUCGGGUGCUGAUUCGGGGUUGGCGGAGGAGGGCAGCGACGGCGGCGGGGCGGCGGAGGCAGCUGGGACGAAGUCGCAGCCGCAGCGGCGGCAGGCGGGCGGGCGGGCGCGUAAGCGGCAAAAGCGGGGUGAUGUGGAGGCAGACGCACGGCCGGGGUCAGCCGCGGAAGCGGCGGCUACGGAGGACGCCGGGGCGCCGACGACACGUCAGCGGCCACGACGGCGAGCCGCCUCCGCAGCCCCCGCCACAGAUGCUGAGAAGCAGCUACCGCAGCCUGCGACAGUCACCCGUCGUGGUGGCGGCGGUAGCUCCGCCGCUGCUGCUGCCGCUGCAGGAUCACCGGAAAGGGACGACCAGAGCCCUAACGCCUCACCCCGGCGUCAGGCGGGGCCGAAGCGGCAGCCGGGGCGGCCCCCAGCGGCGGCGGCAGCUGCUGCGGAUGCGGGGCCAGCUGCUGCAGGUGCGCCUGGCGGAGGCCGAGUUACACGUCAGCAGCAGCAGCAGCAACGACAGCAGCAGCAACAAACUGGGGGGCAAACGUCUGCGGGGCAAACAGCCGGAGGGGCUAGGAAGGAGGGCACGCCAGGACCGGCGACAGCAGCUCCUAAAAAGUCGGCUCCUAGUGCUGCGAAGCCUAAACCGGCUGAUGCUGCCGCAGCGGCAACGGCUGCCACAACGGGCCUUCAACAGUCCGCGGCGGAAGUGGCCGGCACCGGCGAUGCGGCAGCAGCAGCAGCAGCGGCGGCGGCUUCUCCGCAUGGCCAAGGCGCCCUGGGUGCUCAGCGGGUGACCGCCGAGGAAGAUGCAGCCACCGCGGGUGGCUCCAAGGAAGCCGCGGCAGCGGUACCGCCGGCGCCAGGCACUGCAGCAGCGACGGGGCCGGCGGGAGCGGGGGCAGCGGCACGGCGGGCGCCGAUGAGCGCGUCCCUGCCAGCCAAAGGCUCUGACGGAGGCGGCGGCAAGGCCGGCGAGGCAGCGGCAGGGGGCGACGCAGCGGAAGGGCUCGCUGGGAAGCCCAGCGGCGUGCAAGCGGCGGCUGGGGGGUCCGGCUCGGCAACAGCAGUAGUAGGGCCUUCUGCUGGCGUGGGGGCCGGCAGCGGUAGCAGUCUUCCACAGCUGCCUCAGGCGCUUGCUCCGCGCAUGGGGCUUGCGCGUCCUCCCCCAAUGGUGACGGCCAAGCUCAGAGCUGCACCCUCAGCACACCUGCCUGCUCGCGCCACGCUAGCAGCGGCGCUGCCGGCUGCGGUUGUGGCUAGUGACACAGCUGCCGUGGCUGCUGGCGGGGAUCAAGCGGCUGCAGAGGGUGACGCGCCAGGUCCUGCCGUGGCAGAACGCCGUACCGGCGCUGACGGCGCCGAGGCUGGCGGUCAUGCAGGUCGCGGUGCAGGCGCCUUUAGCCGACAUGGCAGCGCGCAGAACCUUUUAGCAGCCGGCGCAGGUGCCACGGCAGCAAGCGUUAGCCCUAGAGGCGACGCAGCGAAUGACGAGCCGCCUGGAGCGAACAACCACCACCUCAGCAGCGGCGCGGUAAUGGCGGCGGCGCAGCCACCGCCGCCGCGUAAUGCGCUGGGUCUUGAUUCUGUCGCCUACUCGCGUUUCCUUUGUGAACUGCGACGCGGCCUGCUGUUGCCGACGCUCGUGCCGUUUCGGAGGUUGCGUGGAGGCAUCUGGGUUGACAGCCAGACUGCGCUCCUGGAGCUGCAGCGGAGGCGGGCUGAGCGGCGGCCUUCACCGCACGACGAAUCCAUGUUGACGGCGUCGGAGGCGGAACAGGGUACGACGGAACAGGGUACGACAGCCGGGUCCAAGGCGGCGUUGGCGGCGCUACGCACACGGCUUGGGGAAUGGGGCUGCGAACGCUUUUGCGAUGCGCCGCCUCCGCCGCCGCCGCCGCUGCCACCUCCGCCACAGCUGGACGACGAGGCCGCUGACGCACAUCCGCCGCCGCUGCCUGCGGAAAGGGCGCCGUCGGUGCCGGUGGGCGAGGAUGGAGGAUCAGACGUCGGCCACCAUCCCAAUGGAACCACAACUGGCAGGUGUUUUGGGCAGCGCCGCACGCCAUUGUUCGCUUACGGUGCCGGAGCCCCUCAUGAAUCAGCGGCGGGGAGUGCCGAGGGUGGGCGGGGCGGGUACGGGUUAUCUAGGAACGCACGGGCAAGCGGUGCCGCUGCUGGGCCAGGGCAACAAGGGGCCCCAGGGGAUGUGGACGGCGGCGGCAGGAGUUCGUCGUACCAACGGCGUGCGCCGUACGCCCUGGCGGGCCGCCGGCGCGGCAGGUCGCCUUCCGCCGGCGCUGACGGCACUGGCGGCGACGGCGAUGUCAGUGACAGCGGUGACGACGGCGGAAGCAUGUGUAGCGCCGACGGCAUGGGCGGAGGCGAUCGUGCCGGCGGCGGCGGUGGAAGUCGUACGGCAGGCCGGCCGCCGCGGCCUGUCGUACAAGUCCAUGGUGCUGACGCUGCGGCGGCGGCGGUGCCGUCAGGUCACCAACCCCGCCGUGCCCCUCGUUCGCUGGCUCCCUCCACCUUCACAGCACAGCCGCCAGGUGCGACCAUCACCGCAGCCACCAGCUCAGCGGCGGGCAGUGCAGGGGCCCGAGGGGGCCGUACGGCAUCCGUGGAACGGGACUUUGCCAGGGACGAUGGUCGGCGGUUUGCGGAUUCGGAUCGCGACCGCGAUCACACGCGCGACAGUGGCGGCGGCGGUGGCAGCGAGCGGUGUCGUGACGGCGGCGGCGCAGCAGCCGGGGAGGAAGGCACCCUUCGCCGCUGCGCCGCCGCUGCCUCCUCCGCUGGCGGCAGCCGCGGAGGUGGCGGAGGUGGCUACCGCGACGACGAUGUUGGCGGCAAUGCCGCCGCCGCCGCCGGCGUGGUGUCGGAUCGCGAUCGCGACCCCCAUGUCCGCGACCGGGGCCCUGACUCCCUGCGUCGCAGCGACGCGUCUGCGCUUCGAAACGGCGCCGGCGGUGAAUCCUCACACGGGCGCGAGAGGUCCCGGGAGCGGGAUCGCGGUGGCGGUGGGGGAGGCGAGCGGGAUCGCUCUCGGGAGUCACGGCGACCGUUGUUGCACGAGAGGAGCUCGGCUGGCGGCGCCGUAGGCGUCGGCGGCGGCGGAGGCCGUGGAGGGUCUGAGCGGGAGCGGGACAGGGAGCGCGAGCGGGAGAGGGACAGGUCUCGGGAGCGGGACAGGUCCCGGGAGAGGGACAGGGACAGGGAUCGGGAGCGACCGUCGCUGCUGGACCGAGACGCCAUCCGCUCCCGGGAGAGGCGACUGGACGCGCAAGUGGGCCGGCCGGCUGCGGCGCCGGCGGCGAUGGAGGGUCCCGCAGUCAUCCGCGCGCCGGCCGUCAACCCCUCCCUCCGCGACGUCCAGCGCCUCUUCAAGAGCGGCGUGCUGUUCAACUAUUCCAAUGACACCAUGCACGAGGUGAUGCGCGGGGGGCGUUUCGGAUCUAACGACCGGGACACCAUGCAGAGCAUCAACUCCUCCACGCUCGUGUUCUUUUGGAACUUCGACCGCCGCCUGCUGCACGGCCCCUACUGCCGGGCGUCGGGGCAAGGGCUGGAGAUGUUCCGAUCCUCCGAUUGGCGCUUCAAAUUUGCGCUCAAGUUCGAAAAGGUCGCUCGCUUCCCCGGCGGCCUGCCCGAGCGCGACGCGCUGCGUGCGGGCCUGGUGCUCAUGGACACGGCUCGCCGGCUGAUGGCCACGGAGCUGCGCCUCUCCGUGUGCGAGCGGCUGUACCGCGCAUUCGAGGACGAGGACCUCCGUCGUCAGAGGGAGAAGCAGGUCAAGGAGGCGACCACCACCACGGCCACCGCCACCACACCCAACCUCACACCGGCAUCCAUCGCCGGCCCUGACGGUGCCGUACCGCCCGCCUCCAGCGCUGGCGGCGGCGCCACCUCGGCGCAGUACGGCAGCUACGGUGCCGCUGCCGCCGGUACCGCCGACGGCGGCGACGUUGCCGCCGCCAUCGAAGUGCUUGACGGGACGGAGGGGCGCAGCGGCGGCGGUGGCGGCGGCCUGGUUAGUAGCGCAACAACUGUCGACGCCAACCGCCGGACAUCCGCGGUGGUGGCUCCCAAGCGCGAGGGGUCCAGGGAAGCCUCGACUCCGCCGCCGCCACCGCUACCGCUGCCGCCGCUGGUUUCAAGACCGAAUGUUCCCUCCUUGGAGAUUGGUACUUGUGCUGCGGCGACGGGUGCGGGGAGUGCGGCUGUAACAGACGCCAGCGGCGGCGGGCUGGCAGUAGGGGCACUGCCGGCGGCGCAGCAGGAGGCUGAGGAGGAGGGAGGAGGGCAGUCGCUGCAGCGGCGGCGGGCCGCUGGCGCACCGCUGACUGCGGCGCCGGUUGAGUCUGUUGAGGGCGCAACGGAGUUGUUACGACUGCCGUUGGAGGGUGGCGAGGAGCGGGAGCUCAGGGACGCAUCCUCGCUAGGUCGCGACACUUCACGGAUUGUCGACGGACGUGACGGUGACAUCGCUGACCGGUACGACCGACCGCCGCCGCCAUUGACCCUCCCACUGACAUCGCCGACAGUCCUCACGCUUUCGCAGCCGACGCAGCAGGCAGGGGCGCUGCCGCCGCCGCCGACGCAGCAGCGCGACAGGGCGGCUGUGUGGGAGUGGUCAGCGACCCGUGACGGCGCCGGCGCUGGCGCUGGUGCUGGCGCAAGUGGCUAUGCAGACCGAAGCGAGCGGUCCAAGGAACGAGAGUCCUUCCGAGAUUCCCUCCGAGACUCGACGAGAGACAAAGACGCCACCCGUGAGCCUCGAGACAGGGAGCGAGAUCGCGACCGUGAGCGUGAUCGGGAACGGGACCGGGACCGCUCCAGGGACCGGGGUGAUGGCGGCGGCGGUGGUGGUGGUGGUCGGGAGGGUCGUGAAGGCCGCACUCGCGAGGGGGAGCGGGAGGCGCGGGAACGGGAGGCCCGGGAGCGGAGCUGGCAGGCACGCAACCUUGUACGGCGGGAGGGACUGGAGCGCUCCGGGGACCGCCAUGAUCGCGACCGUGGUGGCGGCGGCGGUGGCAGCGGCGGAGGCAGUCGUUACCGUGACGACACGAGGGAAGGUCGGGAUCGGGAGUCCCGAGGCGGCCGUGAGCGUGAGCGAGAUCGUGAUAGGGGUCGCGAGGGCGGCGGAGGUGGAGGCGGAGGCAGCGGGCGUGACGGUGGAAGUACGGCAGAGGGCGCAGGCGACCAUCGGCGGGAGCGGGGCGGGACCUGGGAGUCCCGCGACGCCGGCAGCGAGCGGAGGGAGCGGUCUCGAGAGCCGCGAGAUCGAGACGCCAAGUCUGCAUAUCGCCUUGCCGGCGGAGGUGCUAGCGGCGGAGGCGGCGGCUUUCAGAGCUCUGCGGUUCGCGAAUCAGGACGCAGUCGCGACCACGGGGGUGGGAGUGGUGGAGGAACGCGGACUCGUGAGCGAGUGGGGGAUGCGGAGCGAACCGGCGGCGACGGAGGUCCGGGCAGCGGUGGUGGGCCCAUGGGAGGGACGGGCGGGGCCUCCGUAAGUCGAGGCGGCGGUGUCGCCAGGGCCGGGAGCGCCGGAGGUGUUGGGGCGCGUGGCCGUCGUGGCGGCGGCUCCGCCGCCGCUGCUGCCGCCGCUGCCAUCGCGGCCGCUGCUGAUGAGGGCAACGAGUCCGAGUCCCAAUCCGCGUCCGGUUCCAGAUCGGAAUCCGGAUCCGAUUCUGACGAUGAUUCAAGUUCCAGCUCUGGAUCUGGAUCCGAGUCGGGAUCCGAUAGCAGUUCCGACGAUUCAGACUCCAGCUCGGACGACUCUGACACCUCCAGUUCCUCCAAGUCAACCUCCGCCGGCGGUGACGCACGGGGGGCCGCUGCGGGUGCGCGUUCCACCGCCGCAGGGCCGUCAACAGGAGGUGCUGCUCCUGCACGGAGAGGAGCCGCUGCUUCACAUGCUGCAACCGCCGGGGGCCGCUCGGCUGCUGCCGCUGGCACUGCCGCUGCUCCCCAAGGUUCGGCCCCGCACCGUCAGGCCCAUGCACCCCCACAUCCACCAUCACAGAAGCACCACCACCACCACCCACAGCAGCAGCACGAGCAGCGCCCUCGCCAUCCUCAGCGCCCCCAGAGCCUCCCUCGCGCCUUGCAACACGAGGAAGACAUGGGAGACGAAUCUCCCCCUCUUCCUCCUCCUCCGCAGCCGCAGCAUCCGCAGCCGCAGCCGCCGGCUUUAUCCUACGGCGGACAGCAUUACAACCCGCACCGGGGCCGCAGCCAGCCGGGUCCUCCACAGUGCGGUGGCGGCCUCCUAGCAGCCGACGAAGAUGCCAACAUAGACGCAACUGAGGACUGGGACCGCGUUCGACCGUUAUGGGAGCCCUCCAGCAAGGCCGCCGCCGCUGUACAUGCACUCCCCGCAGCCGCAGCCUCUGCUGGCGGCAGUGUGGGAGGGGAUCCAGGGAGUGCUGCUUUAGCUGCAUCUGUUGCAACUGCUGCUGCCGCAGUUGCUGACCCUGUGGUUUCAGAGCGCGUACGCGGCAACUCUGUGGGAACAAGGCAAGCCCCCAGGGACUCACAACAGCCGCAACCGCAGCUGCUGCUGCAGCCACUGCAACCGAACAACAUGGGUGGCUCGGCUGAGAAUAGCAGGUCACGCGCCGCGGGUCACACCGUGAUGCAUCCGCCUCCGCCGUCAUCCGCCUCGCGACUGCCGUUGCGACAUGCGGGUGCGGGUGCGGGUGCGGGUACAAGCGGUGACCGAGCCCGUGAAGGGGGAGACGAAGCUGGUGGGCUGUGGGAUGACGAAGUGGCUGUGGUUGGUGCAACCGCUGAGGACGCCGCAGCUGCAGCAGCGGCAGGAGGUGAUACGCACCAGCUGCAGCAGCAGCAGCAGCCUGUCGAGCAACCUGCCUCACAUCGUCAGCAGCAGCACCACCACCAUCAUCAUCGCAGUCAACGCAACUACCGUCACCGGCGCGGCAGCGGCAGCGGCGGCGACGAUGUGGAAGGCGAUGGCGAGGCGACGGGCGGCGGCGGCGGCGGCGGCGGCAGCUCCUAUCGUAGACAGCAGCAGCCUAUGCAGCAGCACAGACAGCAGCAGCAGCAGCAGCCGCAGCCCCUCCGAGCCGCUGUGGAACAACAGCAAGGCCAGCAACAGCCUUCCCAACCCGCCAAUCGCGCAGCCCCCGCUCUAGCAGAUGCCUCCAACCGCGCCGCAUCCGCCAUCAGCAGUGCCGCCGGUAACGCGGGAGCUGCUGACAACGUCAUCGCGGACGCUGAAGGGGGCGCGGGUGUGGACGAGGGCAGUUGCAGGAGUGCAGACGGCGACCCAGCGCGACACCCACAACCCCAGGGCGGGUCUGCCGGUGCCGCCACGGCUGCUGGCGCACCCGAUGCGGGUGACGAGCUCGAAGCGCCUGAAGGGUUGGGAGGGAGGUUGCAGUCGCCGCCCGGACAAUCGCAGCAGCAGCCCUGCAAGCAACCAGGCCAACAGCGACACGGGCCGCCGACUGCAGCUGCAGCUGCUUGUGGUGAUGGUGGUGCCGGUGGUGGUGGUGGUGGUGGUGGCAUGGCUGAGAAUGCUGGUGGCCUAGCCACUGCUGCAACCCCUGAUGCGUCGCUGCUGUGCUGCGCAACGCCUUGUAGCACGCAUUGUGGGGCAACGGACGCCCCCGGCGCGACCUUGGCUCCAACUACGGCAGGUGCGGCGGGUGCGGAGGCAGUAACAGGGGAAGCAGUAACCGCAGCAGCAGGGGCCUCCUUGGCUCCGACUGCUGCAGCAGUGGUGGUGGCUUCCAGCGAAGCCGCAACUCCGGCAGUGGCGGCAGCAGCAGGCAUGGAGGCUGCGGCAGCAGGAGCACCGCACAGCACCGCUUCACGGGAUGACGCAGGGGAUGCUGCCGUGGCCGGUUGCCAGGCAUCCGCCUCCGUGCAGCAGCCCCUGCUGCCCCAACCCCAAACUACCACCGCUGUGGUUGCUGCUGACGUCCACACAGAGGGGGCUGGCACAUGCUCGGGGGCUGCGGCCCCCACUUGCGACGCUGCUAGCACUCGGACUGAGGCACACUGCACGGUUGGUCCUGAGACGGGGGCUGAGGCUGAGACUGAGGCUGAGGCAGCAGCUGUCGCUGCCCCCGAGCCGAACCCCGAGCCCGAGGUAGACCCCGACGAUGACAUUUGGCGCGAUUUGGACGACCUCACGAGCCUGGGCACCGUCACUCACUGAUGACCCAUGGGUCGCUCGCUGGCGGCGGGCCCCGGGCGCUAGGACCAUUAUGGCAUUUAUGGGUGGGCAGGGCCCUUGUGCGUGCGGUGCGGCGGUGCGGCCUGGUGUGUGAGGUUGUGUGCAGGUGGCUGCUGUUAGUUAGCUGUUAGUUGGUAGUCAUUAGUGGGUGUUCUGGUCGGUGAGGGUGUUUGCGGGAAGGCGACAAAGGGCGUGCCGGCACUGUCGCCGGUGUAGAGUUUGGCAAGGGUGUGUUGUUAUAGUGGCUGAUUCGUGGGGUAGCGCCCGUCUUGUUGUUAGGUAGCUGAGCUAGCUGCUAGAGAGGUGUAUGUUUGGGGUAGCGAGAAGUGGGCGCUCACGUAGAGGGUUACGGCAGACUGGUAGCUUAGGCCUUAGCAUUUGACAGGUCAGAUUGGGCUUACAACGGUCGAGCCACUUGUCUGUGGCAAGAGCCGUAACGUUUUGUUUGGCACACUGUGCGUGUGCCCAUUCAUGUCCGAAAGGGCUACUGACACUAGGCUGCUGUAACGUUGCUGCACCAUGAGAUGCAGCAGAUGAUGGAGGAGAAGGGGAUACCCCGCUGUCAGCCACCGGUACUACAAUCUCCAUACAAACACUUUGGUGCGAUUGGUGCUCGGGA